AUGUAUUUCUGCCUGCGUCUCGCGCGGCUCUUUCUGAUCUCGGCGAUUCUGUGCGUCGGUCUGUGCUCCGAAGAUGAGGAGAGACUGGUGCGAGAUUUGUUCAGAGGGUACAAUAAACUCAUCCGACCAGUGCAAAAUAUGACGGAGAAGGUACACGUGAGGUUCGGCCUCGCCUUCGUGCAAUUGAUCAAUGUGAAUGAAAAGAACCAGAUUAUGAAAUCGAACGUAUGGUUGAGAUUCGUAUGGAUGGAUUAUCAAUUGCAAUGGGACGAAGCAGAUUAUGGCGGAAUCGGUGUCCUGAGAUUACCACCCGACAAAGUGUGGAAACCGGACAUAGUAUUAUUCAAUAAUGCUGAUGGCAACUAUGAGGUUCGUUACAAGAGUAACGUAUUAAUAUAUCCGAACGGCGAGGUGCUCUGGGUGCCGCCAGCGAUCUAUCAAAGCUCGUGCACGAUCGACGUCACGUAUUUCCCCUUCGAUCAGCAGACAUGCAUCAUGAAAUUCGGCUCGUGGACCUUCAACGGUGAUCAAGUCUCUCUCGCGCUCUACAACGAUAAAAACUUCGUUGACCUGUCCGAUUAUUGGAAAAGCGGCACAUGGGACAUCAUCAGCGUCCCGGCGUAUCUUAAUACUUAUCAGGGUGAUUUUCCCACGGAAACGGACAUCACUUUCUACAUAAUUAUCCGCAGGAAGACUCUCUUCUACACAGUCAACUUGAUACUGCCAACAGUUCUGAUCUCUUUCCUCUGCGUUCUCGUUUUCUAUCUUCCUGCAGAAGCCGGUGAAAAGGUCACUUUAGGUAUCAGCAUUCUUCUAUCUCUGGUCGUGUUUCUUCUGUUAGUCAGCAAAAUUCUGCCGCCUACAUCUCUUGUGCUGCCAUUAAUAGCUAAAUAUCUGCUCUUCACUUUCAUCAUGAAUACUGUCAGUAUCUUAGUAACUGUUAUCAUCAUCAAUUGGAACUUUCGUGGACCGAGGACUCACAGAAUGCCUCAGCUCAUACGCAAGAUCUUUCUUAAAUAUCUGCCAACAAUUCUAUUUAUGAGGCGGCCAAAGAAAACGCGAUUGAGAUGGAUGAUGGAGAUACCGAAUGUAACACUGCCAGCUUCCACAUAUUCGGGGAGCCCGACCGAGGUGCCGAAACACCUGCCAGCCUCUUUGGCCAAGUCAAAGAUGGAAGUAAUGGAGCUAUCCGAUCUGCAUCAUCCUAAUUGUAAGAUCAAUCGUAAGGUGCACCACACCACGAGCAGCUCCAGCGCUGCUGGGGGAGGGGAGGGCAUGGGGGAUAGAAGAGGAUCCGAGAGUUCGGAUUCCGUGUUGCUCAGCCCGGAAGCCAGCAAGGCUACCGAGGCAGUGGAGUUUAUAGCGGAGCAUCUCAGGAACGAGGACUUGUAUAUACAGACAAGGGAGGACUGGAAAUACGUUGCAAUGGUGAUCGAUCGACUGCAACUUUAUAUCUUCUUUAUAGUGACGACCGCGGGUACCGUCGGGAUCCUAAUGGACGCGCCUCACAUUUUCGAGUACGUGGACCAGGAUCGUAUCAUAGAAAUUUAUCGCGGAAAAUAAAAUCUGAUUUGUCUUAACGAAUCGCAAUUACAAAUAAUGUGCCAUCGUUACCGACCGUUCUCAUUUCGUCCUUUUCGAAAUCGAUUUUGUACAACGUCAUGUGAAUGAUCUUGCCAUGUCAGUUUUAAAACGUACAACGUUUACAGCUCAAAAGCAGUUAUUCAAAUCACACAAGUAAUUAUUUUUUAUACAAAUUUCUAUCAAAUCUUAUGCAAAGUACAAAUUUAUUUAAUGAAAGUUUCAACUCAAUCUGCUGCCAUUGUGUGUAUGUAUAUUUUUUUUAUUCAAGAUUAGUAAAAUUUUUUAUUCGCAAAUGUUCUUAGUUACAAAGUUCGGGCGAUCGAUAUGGCAUACAUUAUUUAGGUAAUAAUUCCACUAGCAUUAAUCCAGGCUGCCUCUGCGAUUGUUGUCUUCCCCAAUGCCAUUAACUUCCGAUAGCUCUAUCGCGAUGUGCUUAGACGAAGGGUUUGCGAAGCAAACAUCGAAUGGAUCUCGUCUUUCAUUUUAUCGGAGUAAAUAGAUAUUUCCAAAAUUAUUAAGCACAUUAUAUAUUAUAAGAAAUCAC